AGACUCCUUCAAGGAUCUGAUCGUCGUGCGGCUCAUUCGCCGAAGAUUCGAAAUAUGACAUACUUUGCUCUAAACAGAUAUGUACGAUGUUAACGCGAUGUCGGGAUGAGACUCCCGCCUAUGGAGCUCUCUCAUGUGUAUGGUGCUCGGAAGACGACCCUUCACAUGUCAAAGCGAGCUCAAUGCACGAAUCAGGACUUGCCUCAAUCACCGAGAAUCUGGACGUUACACUCAGGCAUCUUCGACACAAGAGAAAACCGCGAUCUGUAUGGAUAGACGUACUGUGCAUCAACCAAGCGAACAAUAAAGAGAAGGGCACUCAAGCGGCCAAUAUGGGCACCGUUUUUGCGACAGCCAACUGUGUGAUAUCGUGGCUAGGACCCGAAGAGAAUAACAACAACAAGGCAAUAGCACUAUUGCAGAAAGUGGCACAACAUCUAGAUGUGGACUGGCGAACAUUUACCAUGCGUCGCCAUACAGACGAAACCGCAGGAAGACUACGUCUCCUUACUCGCUGGAAACUGAGAUGACACAAAAUACAAACGAUCGAACUGACAGAAGAAAGCGGGGCGCUUCCUUGGACGAUCGGGGAAUGUAGGUCAGUUCCACUUCUUACUUGCGCGUCCUUACUUUCGAAGAGCCUGGAUAGUACAGGAAAUUCGGUUAGCAGAACGCGUUGUGUUCCAACGCGGCUACGCAACCUUUCAAGAAGAUGAUUUGUGGAAGAUCAUUGGUUCG